ACGGACGGCGCCGGGACAGGGACACGGACAGGAGCCGGGAGCGGCGGCAGCAGCAGCAGCAGCGGCGGGGAGAGGAGCCGGGGCCGGGGGGGCAGCGAGAGGCGGCGCGGGCCGAGCGAGGGCCGUUGAUGGGCAGCGGGGCCGCUCCCACCUCCGGCAGCGCAGGUGGACGGCGGCGAGCCGGGGGCCCGGGCCGGGCCGGGGCAGCAGGGAUGUCUUUGUCCGUGACCUACACUUGCUGCAGCACUGAUGUAUGAUGAGGGAAAUAAUGCUGAAUAGGAAAUGAAGAUAGAGGGACUGGCAAUCGAAAGGGGUGAUUGAAUAAAGGAGGAGAGAGACAAGGAUGAGCACAAAUCCUCCAAACCGCCCAGGAAUUGUGUUUGCGGUGGGGGCUCGUUUAGAGGCCCAGGAUUAUCUGCAGAAAUGGUAUACGUCAAGAAUCGAAAAGAUCGACUAUGAGCAAGGUAAGAUGCUGAUCCACUUUGAGAGAUGGAGCCAUCGCUACAAUGAAUGGAUCUACUGGGACAGUCACCGUCUGCGGCCUCUGGAGGGACACCCAGUACGAAAAGAAGCACUCGAGGAAGAAGAGAUUACAGUUUUCAAAGCGGGAGAUGAAGUUCUGGCUCGUUGGACUGAUUGUCGGUACUACCCCGCUAAAAUUGAAGAUAUUAACGAGGAGGGAACCCACACAGUACAGUUUUACGAUGGCGUCAUACGGUCUCUGAAACGAAUACACAUAAAGUCAAUGCCAGAAGAUGCUAAGGGGCAGGACUGGUUAGCUCUUGUUAAAGCCGCCACAGCUGCAGCCGCCGCCGCCGCGAAGAAUAAGCCCGUGGUGAAGCACAGAGUCAAAGACAAGGAGGAAAGGAAGUUGGGAAGGGGAGCCCAUUUCAAAAAGGACCGGAGGAUGCUGGGUGCUAAAGUUACAGAGGAUGAAGCACAAAAGAAACAAGAGGAGCCUGUAUCUGUUGCUAUCUCAGCAGGAAACUCUGAGCCAUUGACCUUUGAGCCAAAGCAGACGUCAGAACAAGCAGAGACAACAGGAGCCAGGAAAAGGAAGGCCAGCGUUAUCUGCUCAUUUCAGGCAAAAAGAGCACGUCUCAACAAAAUCACAGGCCUACUGGCGUCAAAAGCUGUGAGUGGCGAUGGUUGUGAAUUGCUGGAAGAAAGGACGGGAGGCCACCCUGUGCCUGAUCAGCUGCAGCCCCCUGAUUCCAUCGCCCAGCUGAAGACUGAAGGGAGCAGUGGUGACUCCUAUCGUCUGAAUCAGAAAAGUGAUCCACUUUCUUCAUCUUCAUCUGUGACUAAACUGCGAACAAGGAAGACAAAGGCUGAGGAAGCACCCUGGAGCUCACUGGCCACCAAUCAUCCUCCUGACCCACCUAUACCUCAGGGCAAGGAGUUCCACAAUGUACAAUUUCCUCAGACAUUAUCCCCACCUCCACCUCCAGAUAUCCCUCACACUGGGUCGGUCCUUAGCUGGCUUCCACCCCGACAGCCCGGUGUCCUUGGGAUCAGCGACCUGAUGCCUCUCGACCUCUCUCAGAAUUCCCGGCUCCGGAUCCCAGCUCCGCACCUUGCCGAGAACCAAGCGGCCACCAAACCUCGUCCCAAAGCCGUGACUCGCACGGCCAGCGGUUACUCAGCAGUAACGAAGAACAGAAGAAUGGUGGAGGAUCCAUCAUCUCCCAAAGGAAGUCCAACAGCGAUGGUCCAAGACAAAUUGAGGUGCACCUUCCCCAGUUGCUGCAAGAUGUUGACGAAGGACAUCCACAGGAAGUGUUGCCACAGGUCCGAGAGGGGCUUGGAGCCCAAGACUGGAGCUUCAGAGAGUCGGCUGCACACGUUUGCCACCGCUGUAGACACGCCAAGGUCAGCAGUGGACAUCCCAGAGAGCAGGAAAGGAAGGCCAGCAGCUGGGCCAGUCUCCCCGCCACCCUGCCAAGUGGAUGCCGUGCAGCAGAAGCCAGUCGGUGAAAGCCCCAACACCACCAAGGUGUUGAGGAGGAAGCGAUCGUCUGUGUCAUUCAUCAGUGAACCAGCGGACACUCGCCUCACCCCCUCUGUGAAGGAGCGCAGCGCAGAGACCGUGCGGGAGAAGAUCGUCCGGGAAUGUGUGGACAGAGACAGAAAUGCAGAAGUUGGUAAAAGGGAGAGUAAAGAGAGGAAAGACCCGGAGCUCAUCCAACUAACACAGAAGACAAAGAAAAGCAAGAAAAGUAUAUCCAAGCAUGAGUUGCCACCAAGCAAACAAUUGCGAGAUGUUUCUGUGGAAUGUUUGGAAAGAUGUGCGUCUCCGGUAACUAAAGCGGGAAGUUCGCUCUCCCUGCGUUGUGGAACGGUGACGCAGGCAGCGUACGUGACGCCAAAGCCCCGCCUGCCCUCCCGAUCGCCGCUGGAUAUAAGCGCGGAGCAUGUACAGAGAUGCGACUCUGUUUCGGACGAUGAGUUCUAUGACGGAUCCUCCACAGAGAGCGCCCUGAUGAGUGAAGAUUCUGGGCCGGAUGAUGAGGACAGCACGGACCAGUCUGAGGAUGAAGAUGAUGAUAGCAAUGCUGUCGUACGAUGUGUUUGUGAAAUGGAUGAAGAAAACGGGUUUAUGAUUCAGUGUGAAGAGUGCCUCUGUUGGCAGCAUGGCGUCUGCCUGGGGCUACUGGAGGACAAUGUCCCAGACCAGUACGUGUGCUACAUCUGCCGUGAUCCACCAGGUGAGAGCUGGAGUGCCAAGUAUUGUUACGACAAAGACUGGUUGAGGAACGGACAUCUGUACGGCCUGUCCUUCCUCAGUGAGAAUUAUUCACAGCAGAACGCAAAGAAAAUUGUGUCGACACACCAGCUGCUGGCUGACGUUUACAGCAUGGCUGACGUGCUUCAUGGACUACAAAUGAAGAUCAAUAUCCUGCAGAGCAGGAAGCACCCUGACCUGCAGCUGUGGGCUCAGCCCUGCAUCAAGUCGACACGAGAGGCAGGUGUUGGUGGCCAGGUGAGGGCGUGGCGAGAUGGCCACGGGACGGUGCUGGCUGACAAGGCGUGUCACGGGCAGAGUGGGAGGUGGAGAGGCCGCAGAGAGGCAGCCACCUACAUCAACACUGAACACAGUUACCAGAAGCCACCCGCCUGCAGCAGACAGAGGAGGCUGUGGGCAGACGGCUGCAGCUCGGAUGAUGAGGACGGAACCUGUCCUCCAGAGGAGCAGAAAGUCCAGGGAGCGGACAACCUACCUGAACAGCAGGGCGUGAGCGUGGUUGGUAGUGACGGCAGCUGUGAGCGGCGGCUGGACGAUGGACACUCGGACGCUCAGUGCCCCAGGCAGAUGAACCUCUUGACCCACAUUGAGGCCAUACAGAAUGAGGUGAACACCAGGAUGGAUGUCAUCGAGAAGGAGCUGGAUGGUAAGACCAGUCACGGCAACAAUCUAGCAAUGUUACAACAU